AUGUCAGCCCCUCCGCAGCGCGCGGCCACGCCGCUGGGCAGUAGUUUUCCUCCAAGUGACACUGGGCUUCCGCCCCGCACCUCGGUGCUGCUGUCCAAGGCGGGGCUGCGCCCAGGGACAGCGGCAGGGCAGGGUGCGGCAGGGGCAGCUGUUGCACGGCCUAUGACCUCCAGCAAGGCGGCUGGCUACUCGUCCCCUCUGGCUGGGGCAGGUAGCGGGGGCACAGGCGGCCGCAGCGGCCCUCCGGGCACUGCCGCUCCCCUCGCUGGCAGCAUGGCAUCGGCAGUUGCGGCUCGGGACCAGUGCGAGGCCCUGGAGGAGCGCGUGCACCAGCUGCUGGAGGACGCAGCGUCACGUGUGGCGGCAGGUGACACCAGCGGCGGCGUGGAUGCGGCGCGAGACGCAGUGCGGCGUGAGCAGCGCCUCUGCGCCAUGCUGGAGCAAUCGGGGUGGGGCGACCAGAUCAGCCUCGACCUCAAAUUUGCAGUCAGCCUGGGGCUGGCCGCUGCUUAUGAAGCCAACCAGCAGCUGGCUGAUGGGCUGGUCAUCUACGAACAGGUCCUGCGGAGCAGGCUGUUCCCGCAGGCAGGCUGGCUGCGGCUGAACAUGGGGGCUAUCCACUACCGGCAGCAGGACUAUGCCCGGGCAGUGAAGCAGUUCCGCAUGGCGCUGGAUGCCACACCCCCGCCCUUCCGCCGCCUGCGCCUUGACACCGCACGUAACAUCGGGCUGACCUUUGUGCGGUCGGGGCGAUACCAGGAGGCUACAGACACCUUCCAAGCAGUCAUGCAGGACGGCGCCGACCAUCAAACAGCGUUUAACCUGGUAUUGUGUGCCGCAGCGGCGGGGGACGCUGAGCUCAUGCGCCAGAGCUUUCUCGAGCUGCUGCAGGUGCCGGGGUAUGCAGAUGACGUACUGGGGGAGGAAGGCAGCGAGGAAGAGGGACUGCAGGGACUGCUAAGCAGAGCCAGAGAGCCAGAUACCUUGCGUGUGCAGCAGGAGACCAAGCAGGCACAGGUAGAGGGCUACGUACUCGCGGCUUCCAGGCUCAUCGCCCCGCUGCUUCAUGGCACCAGUUGGUCAACAGGCUUUGACUGGUGCCGGGCGCAGUUGAACACGUCAUCCUACAGCGCUCUGGCCAGCGAGGUGCAACUGGCCAAGGCCAAUGAGCACCUGGCGCGCAAGGAGUAUGCAGCCGCGGUGGUGCUGCUGAAAGAGUUCGGGCGCAGCGACAGCAGGCAGCGCGCCGCUGCCGCAGUCAAUCUUUCCAUGCUGUCGCUGCUGGAGGGGCAGCUGGAGACAGCAGCAGGGUAUGGCGACUACUGUUGCGAGGCAGACCCCGGCAGUGCGGCUGCACUGGUCAGCCGAGGCAACGUGCACAUGGGGCAUGGCCAGGCAGAGGCGGCAUUGCAGCUUUACGAGGACGCGCUGCAGCUAGAUGACGCCUGCCUGCAAGCACUAUUCAAUGGGGGGCUGGCCUGCCGGUCUCUUGGCCUGCCGGAUCGUGCGUUGUUGCUCAUGCAGCGGCUGUUGCAUGCCAACCCCAGCCACGCAGAAGCCAUGUGGCAGGCAGCAGAGCUGUGUGACGAGCUGGCGGACUCGGUUCGGGCUGUGGACUGGCUCACCCGCCUGCUCACCAAGGCAUCACAUGAUUCGGCAGUGCUGUCCCGGCUUGGCACACUGCAUGCCAAGCUAGGGGACGAGGCCGAGGCACUUGCAUACCACACUGAGGCCUUCGCUGCUGAUCGCACCAACCUGGACACGGUGUCAUGGCUGGGGGCACACCAUGUGCGCCGCCACGACUAUCUAGCAGCUAUACCCUUCUUUGAGGCUGCUGGGCGUGUCCAGCCGCGUGAUAGCAAGUGGGCGCUGAUGGUGGCAGGCUGCCUGCGGCGGGUGGGGCGGCUGCAGGCGGCAUUGCUCCAGUAUCGUGAGGUAUACCGGAUGGCCCCCAACAACACAGAGGCACUGCGCUACCUCAGCCAGCUCAGCCAGGAGUUUGGCUUGCACGACGACGUCCAAAAAUUCAGUUCAGAGUUGGCCCGGAUCGAGCGCAUGCAAGCCGCAGCGGCAGGAGCACCCGGCAUGGCGGCGGAGGCUGUACGACCCGGCACGGCCCUCACGCGGUUGACGGCGCAGCGGCCUGCCACCCAGGGCAGCCGCCCAGGCAACGUGCCAGGCCUCCCGCUCCUACUCGUGACACGUGGAGCGCACGUUGGUUGA